UUAAAGCACUCCUCCUCCGGCAUUCAACACAUCCUGCUGUCAAGGAUGUAGCGUGUUUGAGUGUCGGUGAAAUGACUGGCAGUUGUUUCCUCUCUCAACAUGCCUGCAGCGAUGCACCUCACCGUGCUGGUGGGCCUGCUGACACUGACAAUCUGCAGCGGCAUUGGCACUAAUCAGGAAGAGACGUCCACAAAUGCCGCAGAUGUCACCAGCUCAGCUGUUUCAUCCACUGCAAAAACUACCAGCAACCCAACACCUUCCACCAGCCCAACACCUUCCACCAGCUCAACACCUUCCACCAGCUCAACACCUUCCACCAGCCCAACACAGCUUCCAACAACAACCCACCAGAACACCCCUACAGCUGCUUCAGACUCGCCACAAACAACCAACAUGACGGAUGAAACUGAGUCCACUUCUUCUCCUCAGAGUUCAACCAUCAACCAGACAUCUAAUGAUACGGUUUCCCAAAGAUCAACACUACCACCAGCAUCACGGCCACCAAAUGACACGGAAACCACCACCGUGAACGCUACCAGCUCAGCUCUUUUACCUGACGGGAAUAAAGGUGACUUGGCAGACAACCCCGGCCUCGUGGCCAUCAUUUGCAUCUUCUGUAUCAUCCUGGGCCUUGUGCUGGUGGUUGCCACGGUGAAAUGUGUCCGAUCACAGAGGUCCAGCUUCGAAAGGCUUGAAGAAAUGCCACUGGGCAAAGUGAACGAGCAGUCCCCGUUUGCCAAGUACUCAAAAUGACAGAGAAGUCUUCGUGAGACACCAAAGGCCCCGAGGACUUUCUGUUGGAGGACACUAAUGUUUCUGGAAAGAAAAAAACACAGAAAUGUUAUCCACACCAGUAGUGACUUUAGGCACGUACAAAAAGCAGCUUUUAUGUUUAUCUCUCAGGCUCUUACUUCUUUACAAAGCACUUUUAUCAUUGUCUGUGGAAUGUCUCUGCCUCAGGUCUGACCUGUUCGUUUGGCUGCUUGUAAUUCAGUUAAUUUAAGUCCUGAAGCUUGAUCAAAUAGCUUUUGUACUAAACAUUCCCCUAUCGUUUGUUUUGAAAAAUGAAUUAGCCUCAAAGGCAAAACUGUACAUGUAAUGUUUCCUAAAAUGAUGGCAUCUGAUCGUGUUAGCGCUUAUGAUUUAUGAUCGCACUUGUAACUUUAGAAGGACACAGUAUGUUUUAAGUUUCCAUAGUAACUGUUGGAUUUACAUACAGCGCAUAUAAAAAGUAUUUCCCCUCCUUUGAA